AUGAUAAUAGAAACAGCAGCAGCAGCCGCAACGGUACCUUUGUAUACUGCUCCGCAAACUAUCACACAGGCGUGUUGGGGUGAAUUGCAAGAUGAAUGUCCAGGGCCAGAUGUAGAUUGUUUAGCGAAUAAUAUUAUUCGAAUAAAGAGUGAUAUUUGUCGUUCAUGGAUUACAGCACGUGAAGUGUGUAUUACACAUGUAAAGGAAGUAAUGAAGUGUAAUGAUGAUAAAUACCGUCAGUGUAUUCGUGAAGCUCAUAGAGAUGAACUGCCAUUUCUUUGUGUCAAUUCCCCUUAUUACAAAUCUUUGUAUCGUAAUUUACCUCGUCAGUUUCUCAGGUGA